ACUGUCUAUUAGUAUUAAGUCGUCCCUUCCUGGGACUUUUUAAGUCCUCGCCCAUUACUUUAUAUGCUGGAAGCUGAUUGGCUUACACGCUCCAUAUAUUUUACAUUCUGGACGCUGAUAGGCUAAUAUGUCCCGGUUUCGUAAAGCCAAUGUUUUGUAACGUUUAUAUUGGUGAUGUAAUGUGUGUGAUGUAUCGACAUUGUCACCUUUAUUCACCGAUUGAACUGUCAGGACUCAGCAAUGUGGGCUUCAAGAGUAGUGGUCCUCCUGGUUGGGCUUUGGCAACAGUCUCACAGUCAGAUCGACGAGCGUAUGUUUCAGGAAGUUACACAGACCAUCCUUCCUCCUGACCGGCUGCACAAUCCGACACAGCUCAACUAUGGCAUGGCGGUAACAGACGUGGAUGGUGACGGCGAUCUGGAAGUAGUGGUGGCAGGAUACAAUGGGCCUAACCUGGUGUUGAAGUACGACCGUGCUCAGAAAAAGCUGGUUAACAUUGCGGUUGAUGAUAGUAACUCACCAUACUACGCUCUGAGGGAUGUGGCAGGGAAUGCUAUCGGGGUCACAGCCUGUGAUGUGGACGGAGAUGGACGUGAGGAGAUCUACUUCCUCAACACAAAUAAUGCUUACUCUGGACGGGCGACUUACUUCGACAAGCUCUUCAAGUUUCGUAAUGGUCGCUUUGAGGAUCUGCUCAGUGAUGAUCUCAAUGUCCGCCGAGGAGUCGCUAACCGCAUGGCGGGACGCUCUGUGGCAUGCGUUGACAGAAAGGGAACAGGCCGCUACGCAGUUUAUGUGGCAAACUAUGCCAGCGGCAACAUCGGCCCCCACGCUCUCUUAGAAAUGGAUGAGGCUGCCAGUGAUGUGGCGAAUGGCGUCAUCGCCCUGUCUGAUGUCGCUGCCACAGCUGGAGUCAACAAGCUCACAGGUGGACGCGGUGUUGUGGUUGGACCCAUUCUCAGUGAUACAAAAUCUGAUGUUUUUUGCGACAAUGAGAGAGGACCUAACUUCCUGUUCAAAAACAACGGAGAUGGGACUUUUGCUGACGUUGCCAAGCAGGCAGGCGUAGAAGACAGGCACCAACAUGGCAGAGGAGUAGCACUGGCAGAUUUCAAUGGCGAUGGAAAGACAGACAUUGUCUACGGCAACUGGAACGGUCCACACAGACUUUACCUGCAGGGCAGCGACUCAAAAUUCCGGAAUAUUGCAACCACGGGAUUUGCAUCUCCUUCCCCGAUUCGCACGGUUAUUGCGGUCGACUUUGACAAUGACCGAGAGCUUGAAGUGUUUUUUAACAAUAUCGCCUACAGAGGCAACGCCCCCAACAAGUUAUUCAGGGUUUCAAGAAGAGCCAAUACCGACCCUUUAAUCCAGGAGCUUGAUGCAGGAGACGCCAUAGAGCCUCAGGGGAGAGGAACAGGCGGCACUGUGACAGAUGUAGAUGGAGACGGACAGCUGGACCUGCUGCUGGCACACGGAGAGAGCGCAGCACAACCCAUCUCUGUCUUCAAGGUCACGCAGGGUUCAACCAAUAAAUGGCUGCGAGUUAUCCCUCGCACCCAGUUCGGUUCUUACGCACGAGGGGCUAAAGUAACAGUCUUUACGAAGCACAGUGGGGCUCAUACACGCAUCAUUGAUGGGGGCUCCGGGUACCUGUGUGAGAUGGAACCAGUUGCCCACUUUGGUUUAGGAGGCGAUGACGUGUCGGUGCUGGAGAUCUCCUGGCCUGAUGGUAGCUCCAUCACUCGUGUCCUUCAGCUUGAUGAAAUGAACACAGUGGUGGACGUGUUGUACCCCAGGGACGGAGAAACGUCCACACUUCACAAUGACACUCAGUGCGGUGAAGGCUUCACUGUGAAAAACGGCCGCUGCACAGGCAUCUGAAGAUUCUUACGUCCCCUGAAACAGUCAAACAAGCUUUUUUUCUUUUACUCUAUGAGUAUUAUUUCUAAUAAAUCAAGUGUCAUUUCCAUUGUGCCUAUACAUUCAAUGGCCAUAAAUAUUCUAGUACUCUUCUA